UCUAGACUCCGGUUUUGUGCCAAACACCUCGACCGAGAUGAUGUCUGGUUUUUUGGAGCAGGAAAUGAUCAACAAUAAAACCACUUGUUUUUCACCACUUCACAACAGUGGCUCUUGUUUGACUGGAAAUCACUACUAUACAGAGUCUUCUUCAUCCAUGGUGGCUGUGGCUGAGCUUUUAAGAAAUGGUGGUGUUGGUGGUCAGCCCACUCAGGUGGUGGUGACCCAUUUGGAGAAGAAGAGGAAAGCCAUGGGUUCCAAGGUGGAUGGAGAAGGUAAAUGCAAGAAAGAAAAGAAGUGCAGUGAUGAUGGUAUGUCCAAAAAUGGAGAAGAGAAGAAGAUCAAAGCUGAGAGGAAGAACAAGAAGAAGAAGAAGGCCCCUCAUGAGCCUCCAAUUGGUGGUUAUGUUCAUGUGAGAGCAAAAAGGGGUCAAGCUACAGACAGUCACAGCCUUGCGGAAAGGGUCAGAAGAGAGAAAAUUAGUGAGAGAAUGAGGUUGUUGCAGUCUCUUGUUCCUGGUUGCGAUAAGAAGACUGGCAAAGCUCUUAUACUGGAAGAAAUAAUUAACUACGUCCAGUGCCUACAGAAUCAAGUUCAGUUCCUCGUGAUGAAACUUGCUGAUCUAUAUCCCAUGUUCAAUUAUUUAGUCACAAAUACCCCUGCAUCAGAGAACUUUGGUAACUUGGAACCCCCAAUGCAAUCUGUGACACAAUCUGAUUCCAUGGAGCUUGUAACUGCCCCGAUUUCAACUUCCUUUCUACAUCAACAAGACCAGAGUUCCAUUUUUUUAACUCAGGAUGAUGGAGAUCAUCUACUGGGGGACAUGGGUGAUCAAACACAUGAGCUUUAUGGACACAAUAACUUGUGUUCUUUCGAGCAGCAAAUUACAAGGGAGUACCUACAAACUGGCAACAAUCGCAAGCCUGUGCCCCGUAGGUGAAGGGAUCUUUGGGAAAUAAUAAUGGGGAAAGAAAGUAGAGACGAUGAACAGAAAGCGGAGGCAUUGCUGCGUGGCAUUGCUGCUUGAAAAUCUAACGCACCAUCUAUAUAUUUUUCUGGUUCCUUUCAAAUUGUAGAUUAGCUUUGAUAUUUGAUGUAGCAAACGUAUUAUGUUUUCUUUUCCAUGAUUAUUUAGAAUCAAAUAGAUUAGUUAAAACGAUUUAAAAAAAUUAA